AGAGUGUUUGUCUCUCAAGACUAAACACCAAUAGAAAAAUGUAGUUAUCAAGGGAUUUCAAAAAAACCCCUAUACCUUUUCCUCUGAUAUUUAGUAAAGAUAGUGGAGUAUAUCCUGUUUUGGCUGGCAUAUCUACUGCCUAACUGGUUUAAACCUCAUUUAGGAUUCCUGCUUGUUUUAGCAUGGUGAAGCUCGGAGUUCACAGAAUCCUCCUUUUGGUUAUUUCUCUAACAAAGUGUCCGGAGGGCGCAAAACUACUGGCAGACUUUAAAAAAUGUGGUGAUUUGGAAUGUGAAACUUUAAUAUGCAGAGUCUUAGCCAUCAGAGAUUACAGAGGACCUGACUGCCGAUACCUGAACUUCACUAAGGGAGAAGAGAUAUCUGUUUAUGUUAAACUUGCAGGAGAAAAAGAUUUGUGGGCAGGAAGUAAAGAAAAGGACUUUGGAUAUUUUCCCAGAGAUGCAGUCCAGAUUGAAGAGGUGUUUAUAUCUGAGGAAAUUCAAAUACCAACUAAAGAAUCUGAUUUUCUUUGUCUUCUUGGAGUAAGCUACACAUUUGAAAAUGAAGAUAGUGAGUUAAAAAGUGAUAAUGGUGAAAAUAUAUAUCCAUAUGAAGAAGAUAAAGACCAAAAAUCUAGUAUAUAUGAAAACGAUUUUCUGACAGAACCUGGAUCUUUUUCAACAUCUGAAAGUAUUGGGUUUGAAGACCAAUUUCCAGUGUCAGAGUCCCCUGAAGAUAUCAGAAGAAAUAGUGAAUCAUCAAACUGGGAAGGAAUAGAAGCUGGAAAUGUGAAACAGGAUCCUAUUCCAGGGGUGGAUUAUGUCCCACCACCCUCAACUGUGCCUGAAGUGAAAGGAUGGUUUGGAUUUGGAAAGGAACAAGCCGAAGAGAAGACUGUUGAAUCAAUUAUUGAACCUCUACAAAAAAGUUCAUUUCAAAGUAGAAAAAUAGCAGAAGAUGAAAAUGACUUAGAGGAAUUAAAUAAUAUUGAGUCCCAAACAGAACAUAAGAAAGAACCUGAAUCGGAAUUCAAUUCAGUGCCUAAGAAACAGUCUGAAGUGUCCGAGUCAGAGCACAUUCUCAGUCCUCAAGCCACUGGUUGGUUUGGCAGUGGAUUUACAAGUUAUUUAGGUUUUGGAGGUGACGAUACAGGGCUUGAAUUAUUGCCCAAAGAAAGCAAUACACCACUACAAAAUGUUCCUAAUUCUGUAUCAUCUGAGGAAGAAUCCACGGUUCCACGUACAGAAAUAUUAACAGAAAAAGAAGACACAAUCACUAAUGCGAGCUCAGUUCUCAAACCAAGUUGGUUUGAUUUUGGUUUUAAUAUGCUAGGUUUUGCAUAUGCCAAUGAAGAUAAAAUUAUAACAGAUGAUGGAAAAAAUGAAAAAGAAGGUGAAGGAGAUAAACAUGAAUAUCCUUCAACAAGUGAAUUUCACCCUAAUAAGGAACAAGAAAUAAAAUCAAUAAAAAUUAUGGAAACCGAAAAUCAAUUAGAUACGGUCUCUAAAAUAGGGUUACCUAUGAGAAUUCAUGAAGAAGUACAAUUCAAAACUCCUUCUUCUAAAAAUAAUGAUGAAAAAUCAAAAACAUCACUAGAUACUGAAGGGUCUGCUCAGGAGGAAAUAGACAGAUCUGUGGAAAAUACUCUGCCAAACAAUCAGAUGUUUUCAACUAAGUACUCUUUGUCUUCUCAAAAUUACAUUGCUCAAAAAGAAGAUGCUUCCGAGUGUCCAAUUUUGAAAUAUUUAUUUCAAAUUGAUGUGUCUGAUUUCAUGAAUGCUAUAUUUUCACCAAUUGUAAUUCUUACAGAAAGGGUUGUGGCAGCUUUGCCUGAAGAUAUGAGACCAGGUCCUACUCCCUAUGGUUUGCCUGGGGAAUUGCUGAUAUGUGCAGCUACUGUUGGAUUUUUUGCUUUUUUCUUGUUUUUGUGGAGAAGUUUUCGAUCGAUUAGAAGCCGGCUUUACAUGGGAAGAGAGAAAAAGCUUGCUGUAGAACUUUCUACACUAAUCGAAGAAAAAUGUCAACUACUUGAAAAAUUUAGCCUUGUUCAAAAAGAGUAUGAAGGCUUAGAGUCAUCUUUAAAGGAUUCCAGCUUUGAGAAGGAGUCGACAGAAGCACAAAGUUUAGAGUUUGUUGAAGGAUCCCAAAUAUCAGAGGCCAUCUAUGAAAAGCUGAACUUGUCCAAAUCUGAACUUGAGGAUGAAAUACUCUUUCUGGAAAAAAAGUUAAAAGAAGAGAAAUCUAAACAUUCUGAACAAGAUGAAUUGAUGGUAGAUAUUUCAAAAAGGAUACAGUCCCUAGAAGAUGAAUCAAAAUCCCUCAAAUCGCAAGUAGCUGAAGCCAAAACAACUUUCAAAAUAUUUAAAAUGAAUGAAGAACGACUUAAGAUAGCUAUAAAAGAUGCUUUGAGUGAAAAUUCUCUACUUCAGGAAGGCCAGAAACAGCUUUUACAGGAAUCUAAAGAAUGGAAAGAACAAGUGAGUGAACUUAAUAAACAGAAAAUGAUUCUUGAAGACUCCAAAGCACAUGCGAAACAAGUUCUAUAUGAUAAAGAAAAUCAGAUCAAGUCUCUGACUGAACGCUUGCUAAAGAUGAAAGAUUGGGCUGCUGUGCUUGGAGAAGAUAUAACGGAUGAUAACUUGGAAUUGGAAAUGAAGAGUGAUUCAGAAAAUGGUGCGCACUUAGAUAAUCAACUAAAAGGAGGUUUGAAGAAACUGAUUCAUGCUGCUAAGUUAAAUGCUUCUUUAAAAACCUUAGAGGGAGAAAGAAACCAAAUUUAUACUCAGUUAUCUGAAGUAGAUAAAACCAAGGAAGAUUUUACAGAAUAUAUUAAAAAUCUCCAGACUGAACAAGCAUCUUUGCAGUCCGAAAAUGAACAAUUUGAAAGUGAGAAUCAAAAGCUUCAGCAGAAACUUAAAGUAAUGACUGAACUGUAUCAAGAAAAUGAAAUGACACUUCACAGGAAAUUAACGGUAGAAGAAAAUUACCGGUUACAGAAAGAAGAAAAACUUUCCAAAGCAGAUGAAAAGAUCAGUCAUGCAGCUGAGGAGCUGGAAACCUAUAGAAAGCGAGCCAGAGAUCUUGAAGAAGAAUUGGAGAGAACCAUUCAUUCUUACCAAGGGCAGAUUAUUUCCCAUGAGAAAAAAGCACAUGAUAAUUGGUUGGCAGCUCGGACUGCUGAAAGAAACCUCAAUGAUUUAAAGAAAGAAAAUGCUCACAACAGACAAAAAUUAACUGAAACAGAGUUUAAAUUUGAACUUUUAGAAAAAGAUCCUUAUGCACUUGAUGUUCCAAAUACAGCAUUUGGCAGAGAGCAUUCCCCAUAUGGCCCCUCACCAUUGGGUCGACCUUCAUCUGAAACGAGAGCUUUUCUCUCCCCUCCACCUUUGUUGGAGGGUCCACUCAGAUUCUCACCUUUGCUUCCAGGGGGAGGAGGAAGAGGCGUAAGAGGCCCAGGGAAUCCUCUAGACCAUCAGUUUACCAUUGAAAGAGGAGAAUCAAGCUGUGAUAAGUUAACCGAUCCUCACAGAGCGCCUUCUGACACUGGGUCCCUUUCACCUCCAUGGGAACAGGAUCGUAGAAUGAUGAUCCCUCUAGCAGGCCAACCAUAUCCUGAUCCAACGCUUCCUCUGCAGAGGCAAGACAGAUUUUAUUCUAAUUCUGGUAGACUAUCUGGACCAGCAGAACUCAGAAGUUUUAAUAUGCCAUCACUGGAUAAAGUGGAUGAGCCAGUGUCUUCAGAAAUGGAAUCCAGUAGAAAUGAUAGCAAAGAUGAUCUUGGUAAUUUAAAUGUGCCUGAUUCAGCUCUCCCCGCUGAAAAUGAAGCAGCUGGGCCUGGCUUUGUUCCUCCACCGUUUCCUCCAAUCAGAGGUCCGUUGUUUCUAAUGGACACAAGAGGCCCGUACGUGAGAAGAGGCCCUCCUUUUCCUCCACCUCCCCCAGGAGGCAUGUAUGGAGCUUCCCGAGAGUAUUUUCCUCCAAGGGACUUUCCUGGCCCACCACCUCCUCCAUUUGCAAUGAGAAAUGUCUAUUCACCGAGAAGUUUUCCUCAUUAUCUUCCCCCAAGAGCCGGAAUUUUUCCCCCGCUCCCACAUCCUGAAAAUAGGAGUGAGUUCCCUUCAGGUUUGAUUCCGCCUUCAAAUGAGCCUACUACUGAAAAUCCAGAACCACAGCAAGAAACUUGACAAUAUUUUUGAUCUAUCUUCAGAAGUAAUUUUGACAUCUCUUUCAUUUUCAGUUUAAGUAACUGCAGUUACUUAAGUGAUUAUACUUUUGCUCAAAUUGAAGCUUAAUGGAAUUAUAAUUCUCAGGAUAGUAUUUUGUAAAUAAAGAUGAUUUAAAUAUGAAUCUUAUGAGUAAAUUAUUUCCAUUUUAUUUUGUUCUAGAUAGUAUAAUUAUUUUAAUUUGAUUAACAAAUCCACUAUCACAUAAACAAUAAUAGGAGUUUUCUAUAUGUAAUCUUGCAGUUGGGGACGUUUUAAACUCCAAAGGCUGUGUCUUUAUUCCAAGAACUGUAUUGACUAUGGUUAUAGACAAAUGUGAAAGUAAUUUUAUGCAAAUUAAAUAAAUUUUAAUUGAUUUAAAAA